GAGAGAAGUCGCGCUACUCCUGCUCAUGUUGGGGAAAGUGGUGGCAACAAAAGUGAGAGUCACGCCUCCGAGGGUGAACACAGAGUGCCUCAUCGACAUUAUGCGCAAGGAGAGAUACAUGGUCCGCAUGUUCAACUACGUCGUGUUUCGCGCCGAGGGAACGGCAGAGGAUGAGUGGAACGACGACUUCUUCAUGUCGUACAAGGACCUGGAAGAGAGGUAUGCCUCAAACGGGCUAUGCGCAAAUGAAUGGGAGAAGGAACGGGAGAAGCUGCAUAGCAACUUAGUGAAGACGAUCCCUCGGCGACUUGGAGGAGUGGAGGAGGCAAGGCAAGGUGCGGGCUUGGGGCUUACAGAAGUGAUGUACAAGGAGGCUCCGUUUCACUUCAAGGUAUUUAUAUACAUCGCGAUUGAUAAGCUCAAUAUGCUUCGAGCAGAGGUGAAACGGAUCGCCUCCAGUGCACGCCAUAUUGUGGUUAUGGCGGCGCCCGUCGACAUCGUCGCCGCCGCACAAAAAAUGGCAUGCAGGGCCGCCAUCGUGGACAUCUCGGCCGCGAAUUUCAGCAGUCCAUGGACCUCGCUGGACUUCAAUGCACUGUACGCAAUGAUGGCGAAGUGUUGUGGUCCAAAUUGGGUCCUCUUCUUCUUUGCACCGCAAAAUGUCCAAAGUGAUGUCUUGCGUCAAUUGUACCGUUGGGAGGACAUCGAGAUCAUCCUCGGGUCAUGGAAACGCGUGGACAGGCCGCUGAGCGACGUCACAAGGUACGGCAACAUCGCUACGAUCAGUCGGGACCUGAUGACCAUCAUGCUGCACGCUGAAGGAGGGGAUCUGAAAAACGUAACUGUCGCACCCCGACUUCACAACGAUCUCACCGAAAUGCAUACUGUGGAGGAAAAGUUCGGGAAGUGUCUCGGAAGACACGGUGGCGUCGAAUGUGACGAAAGUGCCGCAUAUUCAAUUUGGGAGCGAGAACCCAGCAAGUUGCGGAAGUUGUGCAGUUCAUUCGUUGGAGAGGCGGAAGGUGUGCUUUUGCUGGGUAGGGCGCACGCGGGUCUUGUAUGGAAGUUCUUGCUUGCAGGUAAUAAUGUCAUUGCCUGUGAUGAGUCGGCCAAGGACAUUGCAUGCUUGACAAAGUUCAUCGACAUACUUAUCAAGGAUGGGAGAUUCGAGUGCCGUCUCGAGAAGCCGCGUGCCACACAUUGCACAAACAGGGAUAUGUACCACAAGUUGGGACCGAAGAGACUGAAGGUGUGGGAAUACCUGUUCCGCGAUGCGCCGGAUGGACGCCUUGAUGGGGGAUACAUAUAUAGGAAAGCCAAGGUGACCGAGACCCUCAAACAUUAUCACGGUACUCUAACUGGCGCCUUUGAGACAUUCGUUGCUCGAUGCGAGAUCUUGAGGUUUGAUCUUCACAAAGAUAAACUGACGUUUAAAGACUAUGCAGACCUCGCUAAAUCGGGUGAAGGCUUUAACCCCGUCGACAGCGAGGAAGACUCGUCGGACUCCGACCUCGAGAUCGAAAAUGACACCAAUGCGACCGGGUGGUGUGGGCAGUCCGCUGCCAUGGAGCACGUCGUCAAGGGAUAUGGACCGGGUCAAUCAGAGGGAUGCUCGGACCUGCCACCUGCGAACAGUGUGGCCUCGGGUGUGGACCAGCCAACGAAGCUGGCGCCGGGCGAUCCGAUUCCUCCCAGAUUUUGUGCGAACCCAAACACAGUGUAUUUCUUGGAUGACAAAUACGCCUGCACUAGUGAGGACAAGUGGGGCCAUGAUAUCAUUUGGCAUGACAGCAUUUUCGAGUCAUGUAUCCAAGGCGGGGAGUGGAAAAUGGCGGUGAAGUAUAUCUCGAAGGGCUGGAAACCGUUUUUCCGCAUGGGAAAGGACAGUUGGCUGAAGACGACGGAGCAAUCAAUACUGUACCGCUAUCGGAAAGAGAACUCCAAGGAGGGUGAAACAUCCAUCGCAGCAAAGGCGAAACAAUUGUUCGACGCCUUGGGAGCCACUCGACAGUUAGAGUACUCACACAAGUCUUACGAGCUGCAGCCGAGCCCCUCGUACGGCAAGAUUGAUUGGAAGGUCGAGCGCGCCGCCGCGCUCGAGAGCAUGGACGUGGACUCCCGAGAAGAUGUCGCCCCUGUGCCCGAGGUGGCCACAGGGAACACGAUGGGUGAACAAAGGGAAGAUGGCGGGACGACGUUGGGCGUGAAACCUCCGUUGCCAGAGGCGGGUAACAUGCCCGCAGGCAAAAACACCAUCAGAGUCAUCUCUGUCGCAACGGGGGAUACAUCUCAAGGUGAACGAGUGUCACUCGACAAGCCGGCGGAUGCGGGCGCCACAUACGGGAGUCUCCUCGGGACAGGUGCGGCGCUGGCAGGCACAUCGGAGAUAGAGUGAGAGUCCACUGCUGGGAUGGGCGUCACGGGGAUGUCGUUGCAUCCGCCCACAUGCACUAGCAAAGGUGACGCACACUGUACAACACCACCAUAGGGAGGGGCCACAGGGGAUUACGGGAAUGGGGGGAAUGCAGGGGGGUCUCCACAUUCUCGCAAUACUGAGGACAUGACGACGGACGAUGAGGACGGGGUAGAAGGCGGAAAGGGCCUGAGCGAUCCCACACGUGCAGAAAAUGAGGGGUGCGAUAGGGAAUGAAUUUGAGGGGAAUCC